UGAAAAUUGAUACUUUCGAUCACAAGUGUGAAAGUUCGGAUAUGAAACUUGAAUGAAAAUAUAACCAACCACCGAAGUCCGAAGAAGGAAGAGGGACCUCGCACCAUCGCCAUAGGGAAAGCCAGUGCUGCUGAAUUCUACCAUCUCGUAACGCACAAUGGUCUGGAGACGAAGGCGACAAGCAGUGUCCAACGAGAGAAGAGAGUCAGCAAGGGAGUGCAUGGCUGGGAAGUCCUUCUUUAGCCACUGGACUCCACCAAUGGACCGGCCGCUGAACCAACCUCCUGAUCGCCCUCUCCAUCUGGGCGUUGCUAGGCAGAGGGAUGUACUGUUAAGGGGCAGAGAAGCCAUACAGCAGAUUCAGCCAAUAUCCUCGUUUGCACCCAUAGCUGAUUCACCUGAUGCAAUGGAGCUGCCAGAUUUUCAAGAGUUGUCAGAUGCAUCUGCCACACAAAUGGUGAAAUUACUUCGGCAAAACUUCAAGAUUAAGCAGGCUAUGGACCUUCUCUCUUUUGUGUGGAAGAAGAUUAUUACUGCUGCUAUCAGGCAUGGAUGGACACUGCUCCUCCCAGUUUUGAAACUUCAGCAAAAUCAGCAAUCAGCAGAGUUACUGAUGCAAGAAACCAGAGUAAGGGCAGCAAUAUGUGAGGCAGACAUCCCAGUAUUCAUUGACCAGGAUAAGAAGCAAAUCGUGGAAGUGAUGGGGGAAGAAAAGGACAUCAACCGAGGAGAUGCAGAGACUGAAGGUCCCCCCUCCAAAGAACCUUCAACUAAUGUAUUAGCACUGUUGGCAGACUGCAAUGAAAGGUUGGAGAACAGUGUAUUUGAUGCACAAGAAGCCCUUUUACAUCUACAAAAAGUUAAAACAAUUGUUGGUGAAAAGUAUCAUACCAAAAUCCAAAAUUCCCAACAGUCACUCACAUCUUCUGUACUAAGGAGGCAGAGUGACGGAUGUGAGACAGCGAGGCGAGCAAUCAACCAUACUGACCCAGAAGUUGGUGACAUGACUGUGGAACUUCUUCCCAGGGAAGAACUGGAUUUUGAAGGCUUUGAUAAGACAGUGAAAGAAGCCUUAAGAACGAGGAAAGAAGCUAAGGACCAUGGUAAUGAUGAUGAAGGUUUGGGUGCAGCAAGAGCAGUUGAGGUACCUGCUGCCUGUGACCAAGAGAAUGUACUUAACAAUAGUACAGUAAUUGAGAUUCUGGUGCACCUUUUGUGUCGGGAACGUGAGGCCGAUCCUACGAGGAGGGAAUUUCUCUUUAAAGCUAUUAGCAAAGUAAUUGAGCAGUGCAAUUCGACACUCUACCUGCCGUUGCACUCUGUCCCACUGCUGCAGGAUUUCCGAUCUAGUCUUCUUGGGAAAUUUGAGGUCCUCUUUGAACAAGCUCAGACCCAAAUUAUUUCACAGGGCAGCCACCUUCCCUUUCCAAGUCCUCUGACCCAGCUUGCUCUGACGAGCCAAACCCACCGGCUCCUGGACAACAGAUACAGUCGAGAGUUUGAGGAGCUUUCUGUUCUGGGCAAGGGAGGCUUUGGACUUGUCACCAAGGUCAGACAUAAGCUGGAUGGAUGUCACUAUGCUGUCAAGAUUAUUUCGAUGAGAAAGAAUGACCUGAAAACACUCAACACCUUACUUAGAGAAGUGCAGUCCCUGGCCCAGCUGGACCACCCCAAAAUUGUCCGGUACCACAGCACCUGGAUCCAGAUGUACCAUCGCCCUGGCUCCAAGAAACUCCGAAAGUCGAGGGAAAUCUCCAAGGAGGAAAGUUCUUACUCCACCUCAGUCUCAGCAUCCAGAGCAUCCUUUGUGCCAAAGUCUGCUGUUAUGAUCAAAGAACUAUCAAGAUCAGUAGAAGAAUCAGCAGAAGUCUCUGAUGGAAUUGAGUUCAGAGAUGACAGUACACAGUCAGGAUCCAGAUUCGAGAGCAAGGAAAGCUUCAUUAGAGUUGAAGAGAGGCAUGAGCAAUGGCACCACUUCCGGAAAGAUGAAGAGGUUCCUGGGCCAUCAGGGUUUAGCCACUUUGAUUGGCAGCGAGCACAGCAGAGUUCAGCCAGAAUUGACCAUUACCAAAGUUACAUUGAGGGGUUGAAGUCUAUCUGCCAGAAACAACAAAAAGCAAAGCAUUUAUCCUCUCUGAAGAUAUCCAGAAAUGACAUCAGUUUUGGGAACGGUAUCACGUCUAUGAAUUCUAACUUUUCGAGGUCUGAAGGCUCUUCAUCCUCAUUGGACUCGGAAGAACCACCUGAGGAAAAUUUGGAUCCAGGUGGUGCCUGCUCCCAGUCUUCUGAAGAACUUAAUGGCAUAAACCCUGUGAUGCCGUAUCAUUUUCUUCGCGGCUUAACCCAGCCGUUGAGGAGGGAUAAUGCAAGAAUGACACUCUUCAUCCAAAUGGGGUUGUGUGGCGAGUCAUUACAUGACUGGCUUUUGCGUCGCAAUGACAUAAGUGCCCUUGGUCAGGAUCAAGAUGAGCAGUGUGUUGUGGAUCGCAGUCAGUGUCUGUCUUUUUUCAAACAGAUUUUACAGGCAGUAGAAUAUAUACAUUCAAAUAAUAUCAUUCAUAGAGACAUAAAGCCGGCAAAUAUAUUUUUCUCACAAGAUGGAGGCACCCUUCAGCUUGGAGACUUCGGUUUGGCACGACAAUUAUCUGAAACCGUUUUAUAUGAACAAUCUUCAAGUUUAAUACCCACUGAAUCAUCCCUCAUGCCUAUCUCGGGACAUACUCCUAAAUCUACAGGUGUUGGCACUCCUUUAUAUGCAGCGCCAGAAUUGAAAACAGGAGGAAACUAUGGAGUUAAGAGUGACAUGCACAACUUGGGCAUCAUUCUUCUGGAGCUAUUCCAGUCCUUUACAACAAUGUCAGAGAGAAUCCACGCAAUAGACGCCCUCAAAAUAAAAAGGGUCUUGGACAAGGAAGUCCAUUUGCACUGGCCGGACAUAGCUCCCUGGAUAUUGAAGCUUACUGAACUAGACCCAUCGAAGCGACCCUCUGCAACUGGCAUUCUGACAUCUUCCCUGUAUGUCAAGACGUCAUUAGAACCCUUAGGUAUCAGCCUGCAUACGAGCCACACCAUGAAGACGAACUCAUUAGCUAUUCAGAAAGAAAUGUCACAUUUACGCAACGACUUUUCAAGAAGCAGUGUAGAUAAAUUAGAGCAUUCAAGUCAAUAUGUGCAAUUUACUUUACAUUCUGAGGAAAGUGAUAUAUCAUCAUUUGGGGCCUUAAUUCACUCACAGCAAGAUACACCUGCUAGUUGUUCCAACGAUCAUAUGAUAGCGAGAUUGAAGGAAAAGAAAUCAGUCUUGAUGGAACAGGUUGCAGAACUGCAAAGACAGAUUGAAAAGCUUGAGGCAGACAAAGAAAGGGAGGUAAAGGAGAAGGUAAUGCACCUUCCAAGUUCCUAGUGAUGAUUCCGGUGAUCUUAACGCCCAGCUUGUUCAGAAUCCUCUCAAAUAUCUGUUCACAUUUGUUGUUGAUGAUGGAAAGAAUUUUUUUUUUUAAUUGUGUAAAGAAAUGGAAGUUAGAAAAAAAUGAAAAAGAAAGAAAAAAAAUUGUUUUCCCUCUUAUCAUAACUCUGACCCCCAUUCCCUAUAUCCCCCCUGCCCCUCUCCCCCAUCUCUCCCCCACCCUCAGUUGAUGUCAUGUAAAUAUAUUGAACCCCGUGCAGAGGCUCAAUGGAUUAAGCUUCAGCUCUUAGUUUUAGUUGUUCAUGUAGUGUACUUAAAAUGCAGCCAUUUCACCACUAGACGGAAGUUGUCCAUAGACACUUGUAGGACUUCUUCCUGAAUGUACAAAGUUGUGAUUAUUAAUACAGCAUUUUAAGAAUUUUGGGAAGAGAAGGAAUCCAGACUUUAAAUAACCCAAGUACUUUUAGAGGAUAAUGAAAGUACUUCUAAAUAGGCAUGUCUUAAUUUUCUCCCUUUCCCUUAUCAGUUGUAUGAUUGCUGAGUUUGUCAUAAUAAUGUAGUGUGAAUAAAAUGGUCAGUCAUUUCUUUUCAACUAUUACCCAAAUUGAAAAUAUACUUUUGUCAAUUAAUUCCUGUAUAUUUUAAAAGUCAUCGGAGUUGAUAUUCUGAAUUUAUCAACUAAUAUAUCCCCCUUUAAAAAAACUAAAAAAAAUGUAGUGACCUGUAGAAAUUAUUGAUACCAAAUAAUAAAGCUUUGUAAGUUGCAUGUUGUUUUGUAAAUAUAUUAGGGCCUCCAUCAUUUGCACUUCAUUUAUCCAGUUUGAUUUCCUCAGGCUAAAUACCUUACAUACUAUUUCGUUAAUCUCUUGACUAUAGUGUAAGUGAGUGAAUGAGUGAAUGAGUGUAGACAGAUAGACAAGGAAUGGAGGGAGGGGGUGACAAGUGUGUAUUGCAUAUGCACAUAUACGUGCACACUUACGCACAUUCACUCACACUCACACUCACUCUACAUGUGUACAUAUAUUUACGUUAAUGUUAUGUAAUUGUGUAUGAUUUUUAAGUGCAGAGAAGUUGUCAUUUUCACUAACUGAUACUGACAUGCCUGAUGAAUUUUAUUUUAAUCAUUAUCAUCAUUUAUGUAUGUAAGCAUGUGGCAGUGUCCAUGUUAUUUGUGUUUGUGUGUGUUUCUGUGAGAGAAAGAGUGAGGGAUUGUGAUGUUGAAUUCUUCCUUUGAGUGUAUUUUAUAGAAUACAAUGAAACAAAUCUGAACUGAAACUGUAUUGCAUGUACAUUUAAAAGCGAGUCUUUAUGGAAAGUGAUUGCAUCUGGUAGAAGUGGACAUGUAAACUGGAGACAUGUCAUGAGUCAAACAGAUCAGAUUCGUUACUGUGUAUUUUUCAUUUAACUAUGGUUACAAUUUUCAGAUAAUUUUUCUGUAGAAGUUUUUUUUUUUUUUGUUAGCCUUGAAAAUUAACACAAUGAAAUAUACUGCAUAUUUUCAUAGGCUCUUAGGUAAGAAUAGUCUGUUAGCAUCUCAUUCAGUUCUGGGCAAAAAUUUAUCAGAAUUGCAUGGAAAGAAUAUAUAUGAGAAAUAAUUCUAUCUGAAAAAAGCAUAAUACCCUGUCCCAGCAUAAUAUUUAUAAAUGUUACUAUUUUGGCAUACAUAAGUAGCCAUUAUAUAUAGUACUUUUAUGAAUAGCCCCUUUAAUUAUCUUCAUGUAAUUUCAAAAUAUGCUAUAAGUGCUAUAAGCACCUUAUGGUAAUAUGAAAGUGUUUGCAAUAGGCAGACACAAGAAACAGUCAAUUUUUUUUUACUUUUCACACUUCUGUUGGUGUUGUUUAUAACGUCUUGGAAACUUUUUUUUUCUAAAACCUUACCGGAAACAAUUAAUGGUUUUACUAUUUUGUCUUCCAAAAUUUACUGCAAUGACCAUGUUAAAAAAAAAAUAUUUGUCAAAUAUACCAAGAAACUUCUUUUAAAUUGUAGCUAUACUUUUGGGUGCAUGGUUAACAGAGCUGAAAUAUGUAAAAAGAAGUUGUAUCUAAUAAUUAUUAAAGACGUUUGUCACCAAA